GAAUAAAUGAAGCAUUAAUAGUUAUAUCUCCGCUAUUAUAAUUUCAACUGUUAAUAGUAUUAUUGUAUGCGCAGAAUUAUUGUAAAAUAUCCAAUUAUCUAAACUAAUCAUUAUUUUCAUCUGUAAUGCAGAAGUUAUCUAAGAGAAAUUCACAGUCAAUUUCCGAUAGUAAUACAAAUCAAGAAGAGGAGAAAGAGAAAUUACUUCAUUCAGAACCAUUGAAUAAACAACCCAGGUUAACUAUAUUAAAACAGAAUUUAUUCAAUAAUAAUGACACUAAUCACCAGCAGCUGAAGCAACAAGGAGAACAACUCACUGUCACUGAUAGUUCAAAAACUGACGACCUUGAAAAUAUUAACGCCAAUGACGAAACAUUUUUACAUGACCACAGAAAUUAUAUUAAGUCGAAACUCAACGAAAACGAUAUACUAGAUACACUGAAAUCUUUGUUAACUUGUUCUGUAUGCUUAGAAAUAAGAGAUCAAACAAAUCAAUGCCCAAAUGGACAUUUAAUAUGUUCACAAUGUUCUAUACAAUUAUUACAACAGUCAAGCCAAACAAAUUUAGCUAAAUGUCCUAGUUGUCGUGUUAAUUUACAGUAUAAAUUACGUAGAUGUUUACUAGCUGAACAAAUGACUGCUGAAUUACCACAUGAAUGUCAUUACUGCUUCAAUAUUAUACCACGUAGAUUAAUUAAACAACAUGAAUAUGAAUUAUGCCCAAAUCGUUAUGUAACGUGUCGUUAUAAUCUUGUUGGAUGUGUAUGGAAAGGUAAAUAUGAAGAUUUAAAUUCACAUAUUUCAAAAUGUGACUAUAAACAAAAAACUGUUGAAGAUGUUGAAUCUAAUCUGGUGAGAAACUUAAUUCAUUAUGAAUUAUAUUUAAUGAAUGAAAUACAAUUUAGUAAAACAUUAUCAACUAAAUUAAAUAAUUAUCCAAUGGGAUUAAGAAUUAUACAAAAGCAAAUUGCUGCAUUCCAUAAUGAUUCAUCAGACGUGAAUGCUAAUUCUGUUAAUUAUCAAGCAAAUAACACAACACUUCUGAGUAACUUUAAACGUUUGACUGUUGAAAUUCACAUUAACUGUGAAUUAAAUAAACUGGACUACUCGAUUAAAACUAAGUCGAAUAAAACAACGGAUUUUCUCAUAUGUUUGAAUUCAUUCAAAUGUGGAGAUAUAUUAUUUAAUAUAAACGACCAACUGCACUCAGUACAUUUCGAUGCAUUAAAUAAACAAUCAUCUAGUUAUACUACUGAUGUAUUAAUGAGUAAUGCAUCUCCUAAACUUACUAACAAUGCUAAUAAUGAUAGUAGUAAAAAUCAGCAUCAAUACACAUUUGAUGAUUUAUCCAUAGAUGUUUAUCGAGAUCAAACUAUGUUGGAUAUUCUAAGUCAAAAUAACUGUAUUUUAUUAAAUUUCUUAUUAUUUGUUGAAUAUAAAGAUCCGCUUGAAAUCCAUUUGUAUGGAAAUCAAAGUGUACGCCUUAAUGAACCAUUAAAUGUACAAAUGAGAUUUGAGCAUGCUAAUGGAGAUCAUCAUACACAUGUAUACAAUAGUCCUGGCUCUGACAGUGGUAUAACUAAUGAAAAUGACAAUAAUAAUACAACAACAACAACUACUACUGUUACUCCAAUGACAGAUGUAACUGUUACAACUCCACAAGAUCAAUUAAGAUUAGGUACAUGGACAAGACUUUUAGGAUUACCAACUAAUAGUCUCUUAAGACCAAUUUUAGGCAGUCUAUUCUCAAAUAAUACAUCAACUACAACAACAACUACAACAUCUUUAUCAAGUACAAAUCGAAAUCGUGAUACAAUGAAUGGGAAUAUUGAUAAUUUAAGAAAUCCGAUUAUAGUUACGCUUACUAGAGUAUCAAAUGGUUCUAUUGAUGACUAUGGAGAUGAUACUAUACAGCAGAAUAGUAUAAUAACAGAUAAUCUAAUGGUAAGACAUUUAGAAAAAAAUAAUAAUGCACUUACCGGAUUCGAUGAUGACGGUAAUAAUAAUAAUAAUAUCAAUGUCGACAAUCAUGAAGAAAGUGACUGCUUAACUGAUAACAUUUCCAGUCUUCCAUAUGAAUCAAUCAAUACAGGACAAGUUGUUAAACAAACUAAGUCAGAAAUGGAAUUACAAAACCCAAAUAAUAUUUCACAUGUAUACAAUAAUAAUAACAAUAAUAAUAAUAAUAGGUCCAAUGAACGUAUCAAUAUUUCUGUUAAACGUAAACGUUCAAGAGAUAAAAGUAUCAACUCUAAAGACAUUUAUUGUUCUAAUUGUAAAAAGCAGUGUCCAUUUGAUCAAAUGUGUAUUUCGAAAACUGAAUUAGUCAGUAGAUCUAAUCAUUUAAAAAAUUGCAGUGAAAAACAAUUAAGUGAACAUUUGAAAAGAUCCAAUUCAUUGGUGAAUAAUCCUGUGAAAAGAAGAAAUAUGGAAUUAGAUACAAAUAAAACUAGAUGGAGAAAUGAAGGCAUAAGGAAUAGAAUUAAUUAUCUCUUACCUGUUUGGUUAAAAAAUUGUGUUACAUUAUUUUCAAAUUUUUCACGAUAUUUCCUACGUAAUCAUAUGAUUACAAAAGAGUCACAAUUGAAGAAAAACAGAGAUAAUUUUAUAAUGGAUAAUUCACAGAAUAAUGCAACAUCAGACGCUGACAGCCUUCAAAUUAACGAAAUGCAAUUAAGUGAAACUAGCAAUUUUGAUAUACCAAUAAAUAAAUCUAUUUCUGAUUAUUAUUGUAAAGAAUGUUAUCAGGUAAUGAGUGAUACAGUUGAUAACAGUAAAUGUUUCUAUAAUUCCACUGAAGCUAAACAAACAGAUGGAAAUCCGAAAUUAACAGACUAUCAAUACCCUGAUCAUAGUCAACUACUGCCUACAACUAGCACAUCAUUCCCUUCAGGUGCAAAAACAAUUCCCACAUGUAUAACAAGUAGUGGAGUGUGCCCGUGUAAGAAUGUUACCUCUGAUGUAACUUCAUCAUUUGGUGAAAGUGCAACAUAUACCUAUGAAGUAUGCGAUUUCAAUGUUUCAAAUCCUAAUGUUAAAAUCAAACGAAAAUACACUAGAAAGCCUAAAGUAACUGUAGUGAAGAGUCAAAGAUAUAAAAGUCGUUUUAUAAGGAGAGCAUAA